GACAGAACUGGUUUUCAGGCAGAGAAUUCAGGCAGAGGUUUCUAGCUGUAGAAGGAUUGCUUGUGAGAAUGGGUUACACAUUACCCUGGACUGCUUAUGAUAGUGGCUCUGUCAUCAGAAGGCCCAUUUCACUAAAGAAUGAAGUUGUCUAACCCUGUUGGCUGUAAGUAAAAUGGAUCACAUCCAUCUUCUACCAUCUCUGCAUUGACAGCUAGAUUCAUUUGCUGAAUGUUUUCAGAAUGGUGCCUUUGUGGAUUCUGAACAUGUUCCUGACUGCACUUUUUGUGCUUCAGACCGAUGAAAUAAAUGCAGGUUCUGGGAAAGUCCGAGGCAAUUUGGUUGUUCGCAAUGCUGUACAGCAAGCGAUCAAAAUGGUGGACAGAGCAUACAAAGAAAGCAGAGAUGACCACAAGGUUAAACUGGCAAAAGGGGCCCUGACUUCAGCUGACCUGCUGGCCUAUUUUAAGCAGCCUAUGGGAGAGACUAGAACUGUGGUGCGGUCUGCAGAGUACAUGGAAACUGCACUAAAGCUCAUCCAGCACAAUGUCAAGGGCUUCUACAAACACCGGCUCAAUAUAACAGAUUUAUUAACGCAGACAGAUAUGGACACCAUCUCGAGGAUCACUGGCUGCUCAGCUCCAUCCCUGCCCACAGUUUGUGGGGGUGACUGUUGGUCAAACAGAUAUAGGACCAUCAACUCUCAGUGCAACAACAGGAAGAAUCCUCGUCUGGGAGCAGCUAAUGGUGCGUUUGCCCGCUGGCUCCCAGCUCAAUAUGAGGAUGGGUUUUCACUUCCAAAGGGCUGGAGCAGAAGGACGUUAUAUUCAGGAUUUCGUCUGCCGCUGGUGCGAAGAGUAUCAAAUAAAAUUCUGCAGGUGGCCAACCAGAUUAUACCCUUGGACCAGGACUAUGCUCACAUCUUUGUGCAAUGGGGCCAAUGGCUUGAUCAUGACCUGGACUUAGCCCCUCAAUCAGGCAGCAUCCAAACUUUCAACGAAGGCAUUCAUUGUGAUAAAACAUGUGCACGGAGAAGUCCAUGUUUUCCCAUCAGGAUACCUAGGAAUGACUACAGGUUCAAUAGCAGUGUCGGCUGCAUGCCAUUCUUGCGAUCAGCUCCUGUAUGUGGCAUCAGUGAUCUGGGCUCAUCCUUUGGACACUUUCACAAUCACAUUCGGGAACAACUAAAUGCUGUAACAGCCUUUAUCGAUUCCAGUAUGGUGUACGGGAGCGUCAGAUUUGUUGCAAAUCGAAUCCGAAACCAUACCACUGAUCUGGGAAUGCUGAUGAUUAACCAAAACUACUCGGACAAUGGGCUGGAGUACUUACCAUUCAGCAGUGGUGAGCUAGAGAACCCAUGUACUAUGAAUCCCAACAGCACUGGAGUUCCUUGCUUCAUGGCAGGAGACGGACGUGUGAAUGAGCACCUGGGGCUCUUAUCUUUUCAUGUGUUGUUUCUACGGGAACAUAAUCGCUUGGCAAGAGAGCUGAAGAGACUGAACCCACACUGGAGUGGUGAAACAACGUACCAGGAGGCGAGAAAAAUCAUGGGAGCAUUUCAUCAAAUUAUAACCUUUCGAGACUACAUCCCGAAACUUAUUGGUCCAGCAGCAAUGCGGAAAUUUCUCCCACCUUAUGUUGGUUACAAUUAUUCCAUUGAUCCCAGAAUUGCCAACGUUUUUGCCACAGCUUGUUUUCGGUAUGCACACGUCACCAUUCAGCCACUGGUCCAUCGCUUCAACGAAAACUAUCAGGAACACCCACAAUAUCCAAACAUACCCCUGCGCAGUUCCUUCUUCUCUCCCUGGAGAAUUGUGCAUCAGGGUGGAAUUGAACCAAUUCUUCGCGGAUUACUGGCCAAUCCAGCCAAAAGGCAGAAGCAAAAUCGAAUGAUAGUGGAUGAAUUGCGCCAACAUCUGUUUGAGUUGACGAAUCGGCUGCCACUGGACCUGGCCUCAUUAAACCUGCAACGGUCCCGGGAUCAUGGGCUCCCAGGUUAUAAUGCUUGGAGGAGGUUCUGUGGUCUCGCUGAGCCCAAGAAUGUAAAGGAUCUCAAAGCAAUCCUCAGAAAUUCUCGUCUGGCAAGGAACCUGUUCAAGCUGUAUGGAACUGCAGAGAACAUCGAGCCAUGGCUAGGGGGAGUGUCAGAGCCAUCGGUGAGAGGUGGAAGGUUGGGUCCGUUGCUUUCCUGCUUGGCAGGGCAGCAGUUCAAAAACCUGAGAGAUGGAGACAGAUUCUGGUGGGAACACCAAGGAGUUUUUACCAUCGAUCAACAAAAAGCUCUGAAGCAAGUCUCACUCUCCAGAGUCAUCUGUGAUAACACCAGGAUUGAAGAAGUCCCUCGUGAUGCAUUUAGGUUUAGGUCCUAUCCAAAAGGAUAUGUAAGUUGCACGCAGAUUUCAAGUGUAGAUCUGAGUGCUUGGAAGGAGAAUGUGGAAGUGAUUCCCUGUGGAUCCGUCCCCAUUGUGGCUCAUGCCCAUUUCACGAUCUGUAAAUCCUCAAUCAGAUACACCUGUGAGUACGGAUACAUGCUGGUGGGAGCGGAUACAAUAAUGUGUGAGAGUGAUGGACAGUGGGACCCAGCUCCACCCGGCUGCACAGGCUCAUUGACAAAUGAAAUAUGAUACUUCUUUGGUUGUAUUUCAAAAGAAUACAUUGCUAAUUAAGAAUGGCAACAUCUCCUGUUCCCAAUACCUGUGUGUAUGAUUAGGGUUGGAAGACAAUGUCACACAACCAAUCCAAACACCUCCUACCCCACCUCAUGAUGUUUAUAGUACAACUUCAACAUAAGCAUUGCUGACGCUCAUAGGCUUUAGGUGGAAAUAAGAUGAAAUGAUUGUUUAUGUUAACAGAAUUGUAAAAUUCUAGAAUGUAUUAAUGUUCUCACUGAUACCGAAUCAAGAAUGAACAAAUUAAUUCACAUCUGAUUAUGCUUCUGAGAUGCAAUGUAAUUCUGUUGUGGAAUUAACCCAAUAAAAACCCUGUCUUCACUGAUGGUAUGAAUAGUUUGACUUUGAAAAUUUCUAACUGGAUGAGACUGUUGAUGUGGAGAAGGAUGAGGGUCAGGGGUUAAAGGGUAGAUUACGUCAAGGGUUUAAUGAUAGAGGUUGCAGGUAUGAGAGGUGGCUUCAGAGUAGCCAGGGCUAAUAACUGCAGUGCAUUUUGUAGAUGAUACACCCUGCAGCCCCAACGAGGCACCUUGGUAAAUGAAAUAUGAUACUUUGCAUGGAUGUGAAAUGAAUACAUUACUAAUUAAGAGCAACAUCAGUUCCAUUGCAGAGAAGAUGGUGUGAAGAUGACCUGAUAAAUGGGCAACAUAGAGAAAACACUCCAAUGAUUGGAGUCAAACCUCUCACACUAACGGAGCUCCCUCCAUUAUCAUCCUAUCCCCAGUCAUCCUAGUCCCAGGACUCACUGCAUGAGUUCCUCGCUGCAGUGAAUUUGGGCCCAACUAUCUUCAGCUGCAUCAUUUUAAGGACAGAUGUGAAGAUGUUCAUUGAUGGUUAUAUAAUGUUCAAUUCCGUUUUCAAAUCUUGCCAAAUGAAGCUCCCUCUGCCUGCAUGCAGCAAGAGCAAAACUACAUCCAGGCAGAGGUUGAUAGUGGAACGUAACAGAAGAGUUAGGCAAUAACAUUUCCAACAAGAGAGAGUCCAAAAAACAAUCCUUGGCAUUGAAUUACAUUACUACCUAACCAUGGAAAGGCCAAGA